CUCUCUCUGAGUAUAAGGAUUGGUCCCAUCGUACCCAUAUCACUAUACUUUAUCAACACUGUUGUCUGCUGGUUUUUAUUUUCUACUGAUCUCUCGGUGAUACGUUGAUAUGCGAUAUCCGGAACACCUGGAGCUUAUUUCUGGAUAUUGUGUCACUUUGGCCUUCUUCCUGCGUUUUUCCGUUGCCACGUUUGUUGUUGUUGUUGUUGUUGUUGUCAUGGAGAUCAUCUUUUUGUCUCUCUAUGGUUACUAUGUCCUAAUUUUUUUAUAGCUAGGCAAUAACACUUGAAU